AUGCCCGCCGCGAUGCCCGCCGCCGUCCUCCUCCUCCUCCUCCUCCUCGCCUCGCUGCACGUCUCCGCCGCCGCCGCCGCGACCGCGUCGCUCGUCGGCCACGGCGUGGACGAGCGCGCGAACGGCACGGCGACGUUCUCGCUGUCCGAGAGAGAGCGCGAGGGCAUCGGUCGGCUGUUCGCGGCCGUCGACGGCGACGACGACGGGAGCGUCGACGUGAUCGAGCUGCGGACGUUCUUGAGGUUCCUGGACGACGAGAACGCGGAGGACGGCGCGACCGACGACGACGACGACGACGACGACGACGCGGCCGCGGCGAAGCUCUUCGCGGCGCACGACGUCGACGGCGACGCGCGCCUGUCCGCCGCCGAGUUCCAAUCCGCGCUCGUGCGGUGGUCGAGCGAGAUGGAGGAAGCGAGCGCGGAGUUCUAUCUCACACUGGUCCCCAUACGACCGCGUUCGCGAGGUGAACGCCGAUCCCUGAAGACGACGACGACGACGCCAAACCGAAGCCCGAGCCGCCCGACCGCCGAUCCUCCGCGACGCGCGCGCGCCGUCCCCGCGGACUACAGACCGUGGCGCGAUCGCGAAGAGCACCGGUCGACGCGAGCGGGCGGUCGACGCGGCGCGAGGUGCGUUCUAUCUCACACCGGUCCCCAUACGACCGCGUUCGCGAGGUGGACGCCGAUCCUUAAGGACUUUCGCCGUCGUUUCUCUCCGCCCAGGGUCCCUCGCUUUCGAUCACCGCCCUCGACGCCUUUCAACUCCGCUUCUGACGCCUUUGAACUCCACCCCGACGUUCGCUCGCGUAGAACGGCCCUGACCGCGACCGGCGGCGGCGGGAAGAAGGACGCCUUACCACGCGACUGGACCCACAUCGCGUCGCGGUGGGAGAAAGCCGUCGCGUCGAGCGCGUGCGUGCUGUGCGUGACCGGGCACCCUAAGAAUUGCGGCCCGCCGUCGCCGCCGGGGUGCGAAGACCCGGAGUUUCAGAGAGUCGGCGUCGCCGCCGAGGACGCGCGGCGGCACGCGGCGCUCAUCGGCGGGUUCCUUCGCAAGCACGGGCUCACGCACGAGUAA